CGUCCCGCUUCCGCCUCGAUGGCGGCCGCCGCGCUAGAGGGGCCGUGCCGCCGGGCCCCGGGGCAUGCCGGGACGGGGGCGGCCCUCGUUGGCCUCCGCCGAGCGGCCAUGGCGGCGCCGGGAGCUCUCCUCAUCCUCCUGCUCCCGGUGGUGAUAGCGGCGCCCGCAUGGGACGAGGCCGGUUACCUGCUCUACUGCCCCUGCAUGGGCCGGUUCGGGAACCAGGCCGAGCACUUCCUCGGAGCCUUGGCCUUCGCCCGUGCCCUCAACCGGACUCUGGCUGUGCCGCCGUGGAUCGAGUACCGGCACCACCGGCCGCCCUACACCAACCUGCACGUUCCCUACGCGGAGCUGUUCCGGAUGGAGCCGCUGCGCCGGUACCACCGCGUCGUGGCCCUGGAGCAGUUCAUGGCCGAGCUGGCCCCCGUGCACUGGCCACCGGGCAAGCGGGUGGCCUAUUGCUUCGAGGCGGCCGCGCAACGCAGUGCGGACAAAGCCACUUGUCCCAUGAAGGAUGGGAACCCGUUUGGCCCUUUCUGGGAUCAGUUCCAUGUGGAUUUCGAUAAGUCUGAGCUCUUCAAGGGAAUUUCCUUCAGUCCUGCAUACAAGGACCACUGGAUCCAAAGGUUUCCCCCCUCUGAGCACCCUGUACUCGCCCUACCUGGAGCUCCAGCCCAGUUCCCAGUCUUAGAGGAGCACCGGCCGCUCCACAAGUACAUGGUGUGGUCCGAUGAGAUGGUGAAGAAAGGAGAUUCCUACAUCCAGUCCCUGCUGCUCCGGCCCUACGUGGGAAUUCACCUGAGGAUUGGCUCAGACUGGAAAACUGCUUGCAAUAUGCUGAAGGAUGGGACGGCCGGGCCCCACUUCAUGGCUUCCCCACAGUGUGUGGGCUACGACCGGAGCACUGUAGCACCGCUCACCAUGGACAUGUGCCUGCCAGACCUCACGGAGAUCAAACGUGCCCUCAAGCUCUGGGUGAAGAAGACAGAAGCUAAAUCUGUUUACAUUGCUACCGAUUCAGAGCCCUACACAAGAGAAAUAGAGCAGUUCUUCCAGGGAAAGGUCAAGGUUGUGAGCUUGCAGCCAGAGGUGCCUCAGGUUGAUCUGUACAUCCUUGGCCAGUCGGAUCAUUUCAUUGGGAACUGCGUCUCCUCCUUUACAGCCUUUGUGAAAAGGGAGCGAGAUGUGCAUGGAAAACCCUCCUCGUUCUUUGGCAUGGAUCACCCACCGAGGUUACGGGAUGAGUUCUGACUGCAAUUGGAACAGGCUCCAUGGUUCUCGGGGUGCUGAGCUCAGUGCCUUGCCUGGGUGCUGCUGGUGCUCUGCUGCGUGCGGGGCUGCUGCACCCUCUGCUCCUCCUCACAGUUGCUUCCAGACUGUUCUGUCUGGCUUCUCCUGGAUUUCCAGUGUGAGGACAGACAGAAAAGGGAUUUUAAAUCACAUAGUUUGUAGGAAACUCUCAGUUCAAUGUAGUUUUUAUGAGGUAGUUGUAGAGCAAUCUGUUCUUCAGGGCUCACCAGCACUGGUGGUGAGGCAGCUGCUCAGGUUGCUGCUGCUCCAGUAUUCCGUUAGUUUCUCCUGGAGAUGUUGUGAAGCUCCUUUCCAAAACAGACCAGAACUUCUUUAUAACUACAGAGUAUUGCCAGGCACAUCCCAGUGCCUGGGAAGUGGGCACAGGACAAAGCUUAGGACUGGAGAUGAGCUCUGGGUUUCACUGAGGACUGUGGUAGCCCCUUGUCACUGCAGUGCCUCUGUUCCAUUCCCCUGUUGAAUGGGACUUCACACCCAUGUGUGGUGGUGCUGGGGGCUCCUCUCUGCAGUCAGAGAAGUGUGUUCUGACAUGGCAGCUGUUCAGCCCACCUCUGUAUUGAACUGGGGAGAAGGUGUUGGCAGAGACCUGGGUGGGAGAGCUUCCAUAGCCGGCUCUGUGUUAUGGGUCCCAUGGGGCUUGUAGCUCUGUAGCUGUUAGGUGGAGAUCCAUGGGCAGAGUGAAGCUGUUCUGAGCUGGGCCUUGUAGAGUAGCUGU